UUUGUUCGGUUAAAUAUUUCUAAUAAGGGUGCCACUGAGCAACAUCAAAAUUGUUGGCAUUUUUGUCAUUUAUUAGAAAUAAAUAAAAAUACUCAUAUGGUAAAUUCAAGCUUUAAACAUUUUCAAUAACUAGUGAAAUAGUACGAGUCCACACACUUUAAUUUUGAUAUUUUUGUAAUGAAUGUCCAUGUCCAGUUUAUAAAAAAAUAAAAAUAAUCUUUCGCCAAGAAGUACCCCGUUCUACGCCACUGAAAAUUGCCGGUGGAACCAACCGGUCUUCUAUAAGUACUACUCUUUCACGUUUCACGGUAUUUGAUUUGAAUACAGCUUCCAAAACAUAGGUGUAUAUAAAUUUAUAAAAACCAGUCGCUACUUUUAUUAGACGGUCAACCAAUGUUAAAAGGACAGUGUUCAAAAAUUCCAUAAAAAAUCACUGAGUAAUCAUGGCGACUCUGUUCGCCAUUUUGAUUUAUUUCUUGGUCACCGCUCAAGCGAAGGAUCCAAAUAUAGAAGAAGAGGAAUUGCAGGCCUAUAACUAUAUGCUAUCAAUUAACGAUAAGAUGGAAAAAUAUUUGAACAAAAAAGUGUUGUCUGAUUGGGCGUACGCAUCGAAUUUAACGCAAGAAAAUUUAAACAAAAACAUAAAAAUAUCGGCGGAAGUUGCUAAUAUCCAAAAAGAAAUUUGGCACCAGAUCGCUCAAUACAAUUGGCAACAGUUUUCUGACUACAGUUUGAGAAGACAAUUUUGGGCCUAUUCAACUAUUGGAGAAAAUGCUUUACCGGAACCGCAAUUUAAAAUGUUAAAAAAACUCGUCAGCGAUAUGGAAUCUAUAUAUUCGACAGCUAAAAUUUGCGAUUAUAAAAAUUCUACAAAGUGUGACCUUCUUUUAGAACCAGAUCUGACAAACAUAUUAGCGACAUCUAACGACGAAAAAGAACUACGCCACGUUUGGAUAGAGUGGAGAAACAGUAUAGGUCCAAAAUGCAAAGAUUCUUACAAAUCAUACGUCGCAUUGUCAAACGAAGGUGCGAAAUUGAACAAUUUCUCCGACCAAGGCGAGGUCUGGUUAAAAGACUACGAAGAUGACACUAUUAAAGAACAAGUUCAUGGUUUGUUUGAACAACUUAAGCCGUUGUAUCUUCAGAUUCAUGCGUAUGUGAGGUUUAAGUUGAGGGAGAAAUUCGGUGAAGUUGUUUCGGAAAAAGGACCAAUUCCUGCACACUUGUUAGGAAACAUGUGGGGACAAACAUGGGAUAACAUCGCUGAAAAGACUUUACCUUAUCCUGAUGUCGAAGAUUCCGAUUAUACAGCAGAAAUGAUAAAACAGAAUUACACUGCCAUUAAAAUAUUUCAAACAGCAGAAAACUUCUUCAAAUCGAUUAAUUUAACCGAAAUGCCGCGAACGUUUUGGAAAAAUUCAAUUUUAGAGAAACCUGCCGAUAGAAAUUUAAUUUGUCACGCAUCUGCUUGGGAUUUCUACGACCAAAAAGAUUUCAGAAUCAAGCAGUGUACUGAAGUUACCUAUGAACAGAUGUCAACAGCACAUCACGAAAUGGGUCACAUAGAAUAUUUUUUGCAAUACAAAGACCAGCCUGUACCGUUUAGAACCGGAGCUAACGAUGGAUUCCAUGAAGCUGUAGGUGACUGUAUAUCUCUGUCCUUCGGAACUACUACACAUUUACGAAAAAUCGGCUUAAUAACAUCAGACAAUCCAGAUCCGAAAAUCGUUUUAAACAACUUAUACAGGGUUGGAUUAGGUAAAAUAGCUUUCUUGCCAUUCGGAUAUUUAAUGGACUUAUGGAGAUGGGACGUAUUUUCUGGUAAAACGACUCCAGACAAUUACAACUGCAAAUGGUGGGAGUUGAGAGAAAAGUACCAAGGUUUAGAACCUCCCGUUGAUCGAUCUGAAGAAGAUUUCGACCCAGCAGCCAAAUAUCAUAUCAUUGCCGAUGUACCAUACCUCAGAUAUUUCAUUAGUUUCGUCAUCCAAUUCCAAUUUCACAGAGCUCUUUGCGAAAAGGCCGGUCAGUACGAGCCCAAUAAUCCAAAAAAACCGCUACACGAAUGUGACAUCUACGAAAAUACUGAUGCUGGCAACGCGUUAAAAAAAAUGUUAGCCAUGGGUGCUUCGAGACCUUGGCCAGAUGCGAUGGAAGCCAUAACAGGACAAAGAGUCAUGGACGCCAGUGGACUACUGCAAUAUUUCCAACCCUUGCAGGAUUGGUUAGAGAAGGAAAAUAAGAAAAACGGCGUUUUUAUCGGUUGGGAAAAAACUAAAAGAGUAUGUGUAAGAAACAGACAAGAAACUGAAAUCGAAGAAAACCGACGAUGAACAAUAGGAAAGAGAUUUUGUGGAUUUUAAAACAAUUUUUCUGUAUUGUAAAAUUGAAAAUGAUAGCUACAUUUUUUUUAUACAUAUACCAUACUUAAUUUUUAUUUAUUGUAACAAUUGUACUUAUACAAAACUAAAAAAAUAUUUAGUAAUAAAUGAUGAUGUAAUAAAAAAAUAAAGUUUUUAGAAAGAGAUGGAUGUUGCUGUUUAAUCUUUUGCUGCGUUGAAAAAGUUUGCUCUUAGAUGUACCUAUUAUUUUGAGCACAUAUCUUUCCUGUUUGGAAACACUACUUCAUAUGGUGUUUUACCGUCUUCUAAUACCCAUACUGAUCCAUGCUUUGCUGUAUCUAUUAUUUUUAACACUGACUCACCAAUACUACUCCGCUGGCACAACCUUUUCACAUAUAGCAUAUAAUUCUUUAGCGACUAUGUCAAGAACGUCUUUUUCCUGUUUAUGCAAAAUAUUCGAUUCGAUCCAUCCAGGGCAAAUUGUGAUUAAUCGUAUAUUGGAUUUUUUAAAUAUUUCUUGUGUCGAAAUGGAUUUAGCAAAUCCGAUGACUCCAUGUUUCGUAGCACUGUAUACAGACAAACUGGGGACGGUAUUA